AUGGAGGGAACUUCUUCAUCCUCUACAAAACAUGAUGAUGAUGAUGAUGAUGCUGUAGAAAUAUUUCCAAUAUCUGAUGAUGAUGAGAAAUAUGCAGAGGAAAUACAAUUACAAGAAGCAUUAACAUUUUCCUCUGCUAUUUCAAAUACUAACAAAGAAAUCCAAGUUAUUGAUCUUGAAAUUGAUAAUGUCAAUGACACCCAUUUGAGAAAACUCAAACUAAAAGAGAAAGAGACUUUUAAAGGUGAAUCUUCUUCUUCUUCAUCUCGGUUGAAACAAAUUUCCUACUGUGGAAUUUGUAUGGAAGCUAAAUCUAACGAAGAAAUGUUCGAAAACCGAAACUGUUCUCACUCAUUUUGUGAAGAUUGUGUUGGACUAUAUCUAGCUGCAAAAAUUCAAGAGAAUAUAUCAAUGGUAAAAUGUCCUGAUCCGAAAUGCAAUGGUAUUUUGGAGCCACAUAAUUGUAUUUCAAUUAUACCAAAAGAUGUGUUUGAUAGAUGGGGAAAUGCACUUUGUGAGAAUAUGGUGAUAGGUUCACAGAAAUUUUAUUGUCCUUUCAAUGAUUGUUCAGCUAUGUUGAUGAAUGAUGAAGUGGAAGCUGUGACUGUUGCGGAAUGUCCACAUUGUCAUAGAUUGUUCUGUGCACAAUGUAAGGUUUCGUGGCACGCCGGUGUUGAUUGUAGAGAGUUUCAAAGCUUGAAAGAUGGCGAGCGAGGAAGGGAAGAUUUAAUGGCUAUGGAACUUGCUAAGAAUAAGAGAUGGAAAAGAUGUCCAAAAUGUAGCUACUAUGUUGAAAAAAGUGACGGAUGUACUCGCAUUUCAUGCAGGUAUAGACAGUUAUGUUUUGUUUAA